AAGUAAGUUGACGUAUGGACUAUGGAUAAUGGACGUAUGUCGCAUUUUGCUUUUGUUUCUGUUAAUCGAUUUUCAUAUCGUGCAGCAAACUUCUUGUUUAGCCAGAGGAAUUUCGUAUAAUCUUCGAAAUGAAUACAACCUCAAACAUAACCAUUUCAUCGCCGAAUAUAAAAUAUACCGAUGAUUUUAUUUUCUCUGAGUAUGAUUACGAGGAAACUUUGGUUACGAAAUCUGAGCAUGAACUGGUGGCUACACCCUACCACAUGUCACUGUCCAUACGCACAGGCCGCAAGGUGGGCAAAGUAGGAGUGAUGUUAGUGGGGUGGGGAGGCAAUAAUGGGUCUACCUUCACGGCAGCUGUGCUGGCCAAUCGUCACCAACUCUCAUGGAAUACCAAGAAUGGACAGAUGGAUUCAAACUGGUAUGGAUCAAUAACACAAGCAUCGACAGUCAGACUGGGGCUUGAUGAAAAGGGGAGUGAUGUGUUUGUAGCCAUGUCACAGCUGUUGCCUAUGGUGCAUCCUGAUGACUUAGUGAUCGAUGGCUGGGACAUAAGUCCGAUGAACUUGGCAGACGCGAUGGUACGCGCAAAGGUCAUAGACUACGAUCUGCAACAAAAGCUUCGCAAAGAGAUGCUGGUUAUGAAGCCAAGGCCCGCCAUCUAUGACCCGGACUUCAUUGCUGCUAAUCAGGCGGACCGCGCUGUGAACCUCAUCCGUGGAACGCGCCACGAGCAGUACCUUCAAAUUCGAGCCGAUAUCAAGGACUUCCGUGACAAGAACAAACUGGACAAAGUUGUCGUGCUCUGGACCGCUAAUACAGAAAGGUUCUGCGAAGUAACACCCGGCGUUCACGACACGGCAGACAAUCUCGAAAAAGCUCUCCGACAGAACAACUCUGAAAUCUCACCGUCCACCAUCUUCGCACUAGCUGCCAUCGAUGAGGGAUGUUGCUACAUCAACGGCUCGCCUCAAAAUACGAUAGUGCAAGGCGUGGUGGAGCGCGCGGAGAAGAAUGGUGUUUUUGUGGCUGGAGACGACUUCAAAUCUGGACAGACCAAACUCAAGUCUGUUCUGGUUGAUUUCCUGGUUUCAGCUGGUUUGAAGCCAGUUUCGAUCGUGAGCUACAAUCACUUAGGCAACAACGAUGGCAAGAACUUAUCUGCACCCAGGCAGUUCCGCUCUAAAGAGAUAACAAAGAGCAACGUCGUAGAUGACAUGGUGGAAUCAAACCCCUUGCUUUACAAGCCGGGAGAGAAACCUGACCACGUGGUCGUCAUCAAAUACGUGCCCUAUGUCGGUGAUUCCAAACGUGCAAUGGACGAGUACACGUCAGAGAUCCUGCUGCACGGCACCAACACUAUCGCGGUGCACAACACGUGCGAGGACUCCCUGCUGGCCGUGCCGCUCAUCCUGGACCUGGUGCUGCUGGCCGACCUGUUUUCCAGGGUCGCCUUUCGUAGGGACGCGUUACACGAUUGGAGUCCCAUGCACGCAGUGCUAUCUCCUCUAGCUUAUCUACUCAAAGCCCCGAUGAUGCCUCCCGGAGCGCCCGUAGUCAACGCAUUGUUCAAACAACGCGCCUGCAUCGAGAACAUUAUGCGGGCUUGCCUUGCCCUGCCGCCCCUACAUCAUAUGCAGCUUGAACACAAGGUACCAUUCCUAAUGUCGGAGCUACAUUCAGGAGCCAUGUUCAAAUCAGCGCCGCCGGCGAAGAAGCAAAAAGUAGCGCAUACUAACGGUGACCAAUAAGGUAUUACAAUUUCAAACGUCAAAAAAAAAUAGUUCUCUAUUUUAAACUUUAACUAUAACUUUCAGUAUAUCAGUGUUGGGAUAUGGUAUAUUAUUUUUUCAGUAUUCUAUAAGUAUUGGUUUUCUUUUGCAUUCCUCAUUUCAAGAGCACAAAACUGUGGUAUACAAAUUAUUUUUAUCAAAUUUUUCUUUUCAUAUACACUAUACAGUGAUUUUAGGUUCACUUGCACAACUAACAGUUAAAAUAUGCAAUCAAUUUUUUUCUAUAUCUGUUCUUUUCUUCCCAAUCCUCGAAUUAAUGUGUCAAAAAGUGACAGAAAUACAUUACAUAAUAUAAAUAAACCAAAAUAUGUAUAAAGUUGCAGGUGGGCCUAAGUAUAAGUUUUUGUGUAAAAUGCUAUGUUAGCGAGAACGUUAUAGGUACGCUAUCUAUAACAUAUCUAUUGUAUAAUAUCAUUGGAUAAAGACAUUUUUCAUUUAAAAAAAAUUGAUUUGUCAUAAAAUUUGCAAAUAAUGCCAACAGUAAAACAGUUUACUCAAAGACUUAUCAGAUCUUUUUUUAGUGUAGUAUUAUAAUAAACUCCUAUUUUGUUACAAAAUGUAUCUCGAAUAUUCUGUGUCUCGAAAUAGUUAAACUAUUUGUGCACUAAGUGUUUAGUUUAGUUCGUUUGGUUUUAAGAAAAUAUUAUUUAUUAUUGAGUAUUUAGUUUUGGCUGUGUGAUAGUGAUUUUGUACUUUAGUGAGAUGCUCUAAACCAAAACAUUUACAGGUGUUCGCGGAAAAAAAACUGUCCCAUCUGUGUUCACAAACAUAACUAACGACCGAAAUCAUCUGUAAUCAUUCUGUAGUCUGUCGAUAAGUUACUUAGCAAUGUUGUUAUUUGUCAAAAAUUGUAUGGUCUUUUUUGGCAAAUAAUAACAUUGCUAUUUGCUAAGUAACAUGUCGACAAACUGUACAGAGAUUGUUUUUAUUAUUUAUUUAUUUUUGGCACUGAAAAUAAGAGGUGCGUUUUCACUAAUCAGACAUCCUUAAAACUGAGAAUUUCACAAAAAUCCCUUUUCACGAAACUUCUUUCUUCAGAGAAAAACUCCUGAGCGUUUAAAUAAGGUAAUGAAACAUCGUGAGGCCUACACGCCUGAGAGCUCUCCAUAAUAUUCCCAAAGGUGUGUGAAGGUGCCAAUUACCACUUGGCUCCCUUCUCAUUCUGAGAAGAGACCCGUAGUGGGCCGGCAAUGGGUUGUUACUGUUGAUGAUGAUGGUAUGCAAGCAUUUUUCCGUCCCUGACGGAAGCCUGACUGCAGACAGCUAAGUGUUUGUGAAUACAGUAAUAAUUACUAGAUAAGAAGUAGGUACCACAUUACCUACCUGUAUAAAUAUUUAAAAUUCUAGUUUUUUUUUACAGGUUUAUUAUGGUCAGUGAAAAUGUGUGAUUUGUACAUUCCAAUUUCGAUUCAAAAUUAUAUGGAAAAUAAUUUUUUCUGUAUUAAAAAUUAUAUUAAUGGACUUGUAGUGAUGUUUUGCAGACUUAACCACCCUAAAAUAACCGCCAUACAGUGUAUACUCGGAAACACCCUGACUACUACUAAUAUAUACAUUCUAAAAAUAAUAUAUAAAUUCCGUUGACGGGAUGGAUAAUUUCCUAGUAUACAAUAUACACCCUAAGAUAUCUGUUUUAGGGUGGAUAAACGGAAUAAGCCAAGCAAUUAAACGUUGUCAAAAAAAAAACUGCCAUCAUAUUAUUUUUUAGUUAUUGUUUUGUUUCUAUAUGAUGUGAAACAUCGUAUUCAAAUAUUUAUGAUCUGUUAAACUUUUUUCAGUCGUGUUCCUAUAUUCAAUCUAUCUGUAACAUUCAUUGCCCCAUCAAAUUUUGGACCUAUUUACAAUUUUUUAAGUCAUCCAGUAAUUAGUGUUUGUUACACAUUGUAAUCGAAAAUUAUAUGAAAAACAAAAAAGAACUUCGAAAAAAAAAAUGAGACUAAAUUAUAUUCUUGUUGUUAUCACUUAAUAAAUUUCUAUUAAUUAUUUAUUUGAUUUAUUUAAAAAAAAAGUAUUGUAUAACCUCCUGUUGAUUGGUGUUUCAAAACAGUAUUAGAAUUUAUCUGAUAUAUUUUAGCAAAUUAGAGCACCCAGUGUAUUGUUAGAAUUUAAAUUAUAAUAGUUUAUUCUCAAAGAAUUGAUGCAUUUAUAGAUUAUAUUAAUUAGGAAACUGACUGUCGAAAUUUUGAGGGUAUUUAGAAAUACUAGUAGGUAGAAUUAAAAAGUAGAAUAUGGCAAACUUGGAACUAGAAUGUAUUCUUUAGUGAAUCAAUUAAUUUGUAUCAAGGAAACUAAAUGUUUGUUGAUCAAACAAAUUCUAUGCAAAUACGUUACUUUACGUUCUAGAGACAAGUUGGCCUAUAGGCGCGCUAUACACGAAUGAAAAUAUCGCGGUGAUUCAGUUCUCUUUUGAAUCUUGUAGAGUUCCGAAAGUAUGUAAACUUUUGCAGGACGAUUUGUCGCGAUUUUAAAUAAUUCGUUUCUCACUUAGUUACAUUGGUAACUAUCGCCUGAGCGUCAGGCCUCUUCGACAGUCAUAGCGUCUAAAAUUGAAGCUCAAACUCAUCUAUAUCUAGCAUUUAUGAAAUGCUCAAACGCUUCCUAUCGGAUAACUUCGUCUGAAUGGUCCAGGAAAAUUACAAGAGAUGAAUGAAAAAAAAAAUGAAAAAAAAUUUACUAACCAAAAAAACAACAUAUUCAAUUUUUCGCUGUCCGAUGGUAGUCACACUUGGUAAUCCUGUGUCGUGGCGCUGUUACAUUCAUGUCGUUCGUGUAUAUAACGCCUAAUUUUAUUUUUUCUGGUACUUACAGAUACUCGAAUAUAAUAUGAAUUGUAAUUGUUUAGUAUUACAAAUGAAUCCUUUGUGUGUAGACUUACAAAAAGGCUAUGUAUACUUAAAUUAUUUUUGUGCACUUAUAUGGAAAUAAAUUGAUGUCCUGAUGGGA